AUGGUUUUUGAAAAUUUAGUUGUUUAUUUACUCGAUAAAUAUUUGAGUGAUUACAUCGAAAACUUAGAUACAAAAAAACUUAAAAUUGAUUUAUGGAGUGAAGUUGAAUAUGAUGCUAAACGUGAUGAAAAAGAAAAACACGAAGCCAAAAUGCGAGAAGUUCAUAAAAUAGAAGAACUUCGCAAAGAACAAGAAGCUGAACAAAACGCUAAAGAAUCUAAUCAAAAUAAUGAUACAUUCAUGGAACGUAUGCAGUUACAAAUUAUUCGAAAUUUAGAAUUAUCAAUUCGAAAUAUUCAUGUUGUCUAUGAAGACAAAUCGACAAAACCAAAGCAUCCAUUUGUUAUUGGAUUUACACUGAAUUAUAUUACCUUACAUACAACUACUCCAGAUUGGCAGCCAACUGUACUCAAAGAAAAUACCGCAUUUAUUCAUAAACUUGGUGAUUUAAGUGCAUUAUCAAUCUAUUGGAAUACGAAUGCUCAAUCACGAUCUGGGUUAUCCAGAAAUGCAGUUCUUAAAAGUUUAAAAGAGCACAUAGCCAUCAACAAUAAAAGAGUACCGAAGAAUCUAUCAUAUAUUCUUCGACCGUUAAAUAUCAAAGCAAAAAUUAUCUUAGUUAUGAAACCACGUCAACAAGAAUUUAAAAAACCAAUGUUUGAUAUCAAAAUUGAUUUAGAUGAAAUUAGUCUAAAUAUUAAUCGUGAUCAGUACUUAGAUUUACUUGAUCUACUUGAAUUUCAAGAUUAUCUUAGUAUUAAAUCGAAAUAUAUUAAAUAUCAGAUUAAAAAUGAUAUCGAAAAAAAACCUAGUCGAAAAAGAUGGAAAUUCGCAUAUGAAGCCAUUGUCAACGAAGAUGUUCGACCAAGAUUUGAUUGCUAUAAAUGGAAAAAUAUCAAAACACAUUUAGAUCGUCGAAGAGAAUAUCGUUCGAUUUAUAUUCAAGAUUUAUUAGGAAGAGCAACAGUUGAACAAAGACAACGAGCACAAGAAUUAGAAAAAAAACUUGAUGUUUUUAAUUUAACAUAUGUUCGGUGUGCGGCAGAAAUUGAAGCAAAAAAAAAGACAGAACAAGAAUCCAAGACUUGGUGGGGAGGCAUGUCAAGUUGGUGGAGUGGAAAUAAACCACAAGAUGAUCCGAACCUCGAUUUACAAAAAGUAAUGUCACCAGAUGAAAAGAAAAAACUCUAUGAUGCUAUUGGUUAUGAAGGAGAUGAUAUUUCAACAUCGACUUAUCCUGAAGAAUAUAUCGAUAUUGAUCUAGCUAUUCAAUUAAAUUUACUUGAAGUCAAUAUUUGGUCGAAAGUUAAUCAAAAUGAUGCUCAAUUUCGAGUCAUAGCUCGAGCUUCUAUACCUGAUACCAGUUUACAAUUCAAGCGAAGACCAGUAACAUCAGCAAUGGCAGUAUCUGUUGGUUUGGGUUCAUUUCAAGUUUUUGGUAUUGCUACAGAUCCAAAUGAAUCGGAUUUUUCUAAUCAAAGUCGUCCUGUACUUGCUCAACCUGUUUCUCGAUUAUUAUUGUCGUCAACAUCGAAAACGGAAAAGAAAUUAUUAGAACUUGAAUAUGAAACAAAUCCAAUAGACAAAUUAGCUGAUUUUCGUGUUAAAGUCAUUUCUCAAUCUCUUGAAAUUAAAUAUAAUGCUCCAACAAUUAAUAAAUUAUCUGAAUGUUUUGAACAAGAUACUCAACGAAAUCUUCAAGGUGUUAAACAAGUUGCUUAUUCAACUUACACAGAUGUUAAACAUCGUUCAUAUAUAUUAAUGAAGCAUAAUAUUGAAAAUAUCAAAGUGUUGGAUGUUUAUCUUGAUCUUCAAUCAUCUUAUUUUCUUUUACCAGAAAAUGGAAUUUAUCAAGAUGGUGUCGCAGUGAUGUGUAUGGAUUUCGGUCAUUUAACAUUCAAACGAAGUGAUCAAGGAGAUCAAAUGACUUCAUUAAAAGAAGCAAAAGAUAUUGAAGAAGCUCGUGAAAAGUCAUAUACUCAAUUUAAAUUAAAACUUGAAGACAUUCAAUUAAUUUAUGCAAAUCGAAAUGAAAGUUGGGAAAAAGCUCGUCAAGAAAAAGAUACUCGUUUACAUUUAAUUAAACCAAUGAAACUUGAUUUAGAUUUUGGAAAAUGUAUUUAUACUGAUGAUGCUGAUUUACCUGCUUGGAAAGUUACUGGAAAUCUUCCUAAUGUAGAUUUACGUUUAUCUGAUAAACGUUUAUUUCAAAUAAUCAAUCAUAUGAAAUCAAUUCCCGUGCCGAAAUCAAAAAAUCCAGCAAUAGUUACACCAUCAAUUGAAGCAGAAUCAUUCCCUGUACAAUCAUCAUUGAAUGAUACUGAACAAACUUUGCAAGCAGUUGAGAGAAUAGCACUAGUGAAAGAAACAGAUGAAAGAGAAAAAUCCGUUAACAAUAAUGAAAAAAAGAAAGAAUUCGAAGGACAAUUAACACAACUGAAAGCAAUGUUUACACUUAAUAGAAUCGAUAUACAUAUUGAUGAAAGUUCAAAUGAUAAAGAUGAAGAUCAACCAUUUCUUCGUUUAACACUCGAAUCAAUAGUUGCUAAAACUACAAUGAAAACCUUUGAUAUGGACUUUGAUGCAUCAUUAGCAAAUUUAAUUGUUUAUCAUGAACAAUUUGUUGGCAAAGAUAAUAAAAAUUUACGUUUAUUGUCAUCUGAAUUAGAACAAAUGAAUAGUUCUGAGAGUCAAAAAUUAGUUCAUUUCAAAUAUCGUCAUACAUCAUCAGAAAAUCCAUUGUUUUUAUCAUAUGAUUAUGAUGGAAUUGAAGAUAAAGUUCAAGUUCAUUUUAGCAAACUUGUUGUUACAUUACAAUUGGAAGCACUUUUAUCAAUAUUCAGAUUUCAAGAUUCAUUAAUGAAAAAAUUACCACAAACAACAAUCGAAGAUCAAACAAAACAGAAAAACAUUGAAGUCAAUGAUAAAGUAGAAAAAAUUGUUAAGAAAAAUAAUGCUGCAGCACCUUCACUUAAAAUUGACGCCAAUUUAGACGAAUUUCGAGUGAGACUUGCAACCAAAAAAGCAAAACUAUUUGAUAUUCAAGUUCAAGGAAUCAAGGCCUAUGUUUCUCAAGCACCAGAAAAAACAUUAAUAAAUUUAAUUCUUUCUGAUUUAUGUGUGCUUGAUCCAUACAAAGAAGCACAAUAUCGACAAAUUAUUUCUCAACAAGGUGAUAGCAAAGAAUUACUUCGUAUUGAUUUAUCCUUAUUUAAUUAUCCGGAAGGAUAUGUAAAAAGCGUCAAUGUUUAUGAUUGUGACAUUCAAGUUCAAUUUGCAAAAGCUACGAUAGUCUUUCUAUUUAAACAUAUCGAUGCUAUACUAAGUUUUCUCGAUUCAUUAAAUGUAACCAAAGCAGCACUUAGUCUAGCGUCAACACAAGCUAGUGCUGCUUAUGAACAAGUACAAAAAUUACAAGAACAAGCAUUUAAAGUUCAUCUUGAUGUCACAUUUAAUGCUCCAAAUAUAAUCAUUCCAAUAAAUUCAUAUUCAGAUCAAGCACUUUUUCUUGAUUUGGGUAAACUAACAUUAAAAACUAAUUUUUAUAAUGAUCCAAAAAAACUUCUUGUUGAACAACAAACUGUUCGAUUGGAAAAUAUUCUUGCUAGUCGUGUUAAAUUUGAUCAGGAUUGUAAUAUAAUUGGUGAAGCAAUUCUCAUUGAAUGUGCAGAAUUAAAUACAUCUAUUCAUCGUUUACUCUAUCCCGAUAAAGUUAAAAUGGAACCAGCAAUUUCAAUUAUAAUCGAUUGGGAAUCAGUUGAUUUUCAAUUGGCCAAUGAUGAUUAUACAUCUGUUAUGAAAGUUUUAAUGGAGAAUUUCUCGGAAAAUAUUCGUGAUCAAAUAUCCGAAGAUUUUCAAAGUGAUCAAUUUCAUUAUAAAGAAGCUGAACAGGAAAAACAAGAAGAUCAAUUGAUAGAUGCUUUUAUCAAGAAACAAAAGGAAUCACAUACUGACGAAGUUUUACAAACACUAAAAAUGCGAGCCGAAAUUAAGAAAAUGACAUUGACACUUUAUCUUGGUGAAUCAGAUUUGACUGUUCGUCGUGCACCACGUAACAAUAAAUUAAAAUUAGCCAAUGUUCAAAUAGAUACACUGGAAGCAAUAUUUCGUCAACAAUCUGAUGGCAGUUAUAAAGCAACAGGACGUGUAAAAAACUUUUUAUUAGAUGAUUUACGUGCAACGAAUAAGCCAACAAGUGUAACACGUAUGAUGAAUAGACAUUUUACAGUUGAUCCUAAUGCUUAUAUGUUUGUUGCGUCGUUUGAAUUCAAACCCAAAAAUCAAACACGUGAAAAAGGACUUCGACAAAUAACUGUACAACUUGAAAGUUUAUAUAUUUGUAUAAAUUUGGAUUAUUUAAUGACGUUAGAAGACUUUUUUGUUUCGGGUUUACCAUCGGAUAAUGCUGAAACUCAACAUACAAUAACAAAAAUUGAUCAAUCUGAAAAUGAUCAGAAUCAAACGAAAGCAGAAGUUGUAUCUUCGAAAUCAUCACAAUCUACAACAAGUCAACCCUCAAAUGGAGAUGUAGAAACUCGACUUGAAGUUUCUGUAAAAAAUCCAGAAAUUAUUUUACUUGAAGAUUAUCAUAAUUCAAAUUCGAAUUGUCUUGUACUUGAUUUGGCAUUACAAAUGCGUAUGAUUCAAAUUGAUAAUCAGACAAAAUUGUAUGGUUGGUUAAAAGAUUUAACAAUUUAUAGUUCAGAUUUUGCUGAAUUAAAGGAUACGAAGAAUUCUGGUUCGAAAGUAAAAUAUCGUAUUUUACAACCAGCUAAAGCUGAUAUAUUUCUUACAAUGAAUGAUGAACAACAAAAAAUUGAUAUUCGAAUAUCAGAUAUUAUUGUUAGUAUUGCACCAGCUGCUAUUCGAACUGUGAUUAGUGUAACAAAUUCAUUGAGAACACGACAAUCCUCUACACAAGAGGAAACAGAAACCUUAACCUCGAAAGGAUUAUUUAUUUCGAAACCAUUCAAAGAAGGGAAUUUUUGGUUUACAAAAGAAGAAAUAAGACCAGUGCAGCAGACAACUCUUACAGAAGAAACACGAAAACCAUUAGCACAACAAUUAAUUUUAAAUUUGGAAACAAUCGAUGUUAAACUUGAAGUUGGAUUAGGCUCAGUUACAAAAUCUGUUGUAGCUAUGUGUUUAUCGAAUUUAACUGUUGAUGUUAAAAAUUGGUCGUCGAAAAUGAACAUGUCGUCGAGCGUAAAUAUCGAAGCAGCAUUAUACAAUGAACAUAUGCUUACUUGGGAACCACUUAUUGAACCAACUAUGAAUUCUGAUGGUUUACAUUUUACACCAUGGUCGCUAACAUACACCGUCUCACCUACUCUUUCAUCGACGGAAACAAAUGUUUCACCGAUGAAAUCUAAAACAGUUAUAUUGUUACGUUUUGAUCAAUUACUCAACAUAACGAUGACAAAAAGUGGACUGGAACUUCUUCAACGUUUAUCAGCUUUAUUUGAUGAUGUUUAUAAUAAACGUCUACCACCAAGUGAUGAUGAUGAUGAUCAACCAAUGUUAUCUCUAUCAAAUCAAACAGGACAAAAAAUAAUUCUUAGUAAUUUAUAUGGUCUUCAAUUCCCUAGUGAUCCAUCCAUAAAAUCAAUAACUCUUCAACAAAAUGAAAGUAUCGCAUUAAAUGUUUGGUAUGAACAUCAAAUAGUUGGAAGACUUUCGGUUAUUGAUGAACAACAUCGUCAACGACGGCAAGAAUUUUCUGUCCAAAUUGGAGAUGUCAAAAAAACGGUUAGUAUAAAUCGAACAUUGCAACGUACAUAUACAUUACAUGGAUCGUCAAAUAUAAAAUUGCCCGUUCAAAUGCUUUGUAAUGCCCAAAUAGAAAAUGAUCGUCGACGUGUUAUUCUUAGCUCGAUUGUUCGAGUUUACAAUCAUACAACAUUACCAUUGCUUAUCUUAAAUACUGAUCUAACUAAUCCUAAAAAAUAUAAACGAUUAGCUAGAAUUGAUGUUAAUAAGGAUUAUCAUGUACCUAUUGAUUUACUUUACGCGCAUGAGUCGAUCUUUAUGACUGUUGAUGAAGAUGAACAAGUACAUGAUUUUUUUUCAUUUGAUUGGGCAAAAGAAAUUUUGACUGAAACUAAAUUAAAAUUAAAAAAUGGAAAACAAGCAGAUUUUAUUGUUUUUAAAGAAGUGAUGGAUUCAUAUUCAGAAAAUACUGAUGAACUAGGCGAUUUUAGUUUCAAUAUUUAUAUUCAACCAGCACUUCAUCUAACAAGUCUUUUACCAAUCGAUGUUGAAUGUUCAAUUGACAUUCCAUCAAAUGAUAAUAUAAAAUGGGUUUCGGAUCCGAUUGAUUUGAAAGUUCAAGGACAAAGUGAUAGUAAUGAACACAUUGUUACCUUGCAUAAUGAAACUGAUCCAAGUUCUCAACAAAUACUAGGACAAAUUGCUGUUCAUAGUACUGAACAAGGUGAUGCACAAUCGAAAUGGUCAGAAAAAUUUUCUCUUGAUGUUAUUAAAAGUACAGGUUUAACAAGUUGCAAAGUAUCCAAUGAUCGAACAUAUAUGAUUUGCGUCGAUAUUGUGACAAGUUCAUUUGGUUUAACAAAGCUUGUAACACUUUCACCAUCAAUGUUUAUCGUUAACAAAUCAACGGUUACCAUUGAAGUAAUUGAAACUGUAUCUGGUGAAGAACAAGACGAAUGGAAAACAAUUAAUCCCGAACAACUGAUUCCAUUUUGGCCACGGCGUAUACAAGAUGGUUUAAUGCAUGUGCGUUAUGCACAUAAUCGUUUAACAUCAAAGUCAUUUAAAACUAAUCAAAAAUACCGAACACUUUUGCGUAUGGAUGAUGAAGAGCGACCAGCUAUUCAUAUAGACGUCACAGCAACAGAUUUCGAUGGUGUUAAAGUUAUCUUUGAGGAUUAUAAAAUUGGUGAUGCACCAUUACUUAUUGUAAAUUUGUUCGAAAAUGAUUCGAUUUCUUUUCGUCAAUCCAAAGAUGUACGAACAGAAAUCUUACCACCAUUGAAUUAUGUUUAUUAUACAUGGGUAGAUCCAUUGCAACCAAAAUUAUUACUUGUAUCACGUGGCUCACAAACAAAAGAGUUAGAACUUAUUCCUCAAAUUGGUCCAUUAGGCAAAGAAGGUGACCCUGUUUAUGCUAUAUUUCUUGAUGGUGUUCAAACAGUAUUACUCUUCUGUGAUGAUUCGAAAUUACUUCAAAUGAUUGCAGUCAAAUCAUCAUUCAGUGACUCUAUGGAUCAACAAAUACAAAUUGGUAUACAGGAUAUUGGUAUUUCUAUUGUUAAUGAUAUAUCACGAGAAGAAAUCUUUUAUAUAAGUUUAAAUAAAUCCAAAACUGUUUGGACUGAAAUGAAGAAAUCUCGUGUUAAACUUUUAUCUUCUGAUAACAAUGAACAUUUAGAAGAACUUUAUCGAACUCAUAUUGAACAAUGCGAAAUCAAUCCAGAUAAUAAACAACUUCUGGAAAAGAAAUAUCAAAUGGAAGGAUUUCAGGAAAUCACAUUUCAUGGUGAUACAGCAGAACUAGUGGAUUAUAAAGAUCGAAAGAAAACUGCGAAACGUCAAGCAUUAGAUAGUCUAUGGAUUGAAUACUCAUUCUCUUCAACAAUGAAUUCUGCAUUACAUUUACGUAUCAAUCGUUUACAAAUUGAUAAUCAACUUAGUUAUACAAUCUUUCCUGUAAUGCUUUAUCCUAUUAUUCCAAAAUCAACAGGAAGUGAAUAUAUUGGAAGACCAUUCAUCGAAUUGAGUAUUUAUGAAUCAAAAUUGACACAAUCAAAUAUAAAACAAUUCAAAUAUUUCAAAUUACUUAUUCAAGAAUUUGCUGUUCAAAUUGAUCAAGGUUUAAUCGUUGCCAUUCUUAGCUUCUUGACACAAUAUACUAUUAAUUCACCACCAAUGAUCAAUAUGAAUAGCGAUUUAGAACAAAUUCGAAAACCAUUUGAUACUAUCAUUAAAUCCCAAAUUGAUAGUCCAUCGGGUGAAACCGAAAUGUUCUUUGAUAAUAUUCAUUUAUCACCACUUAAGAUUCAUGUUAGUUUUUCGAUGCACGGGUCAAAUCCAAGUAAAGAACUAUUAAAUGAAUAUCCCUUAGUUGGAUUUCUUUUACAAACGUUGAAUGUAGCCGAAGUACAAGAUGUUAUUUUACGAUUGGGUUAUUACGAGCGAAAUAAUGAAAAGUUUACGACAACAAAAUUAACUAAUGAGGUCUCCUCUCAUUAUCAAAAUCAAUUUAUGAAACAACUCCACGUGUUGAUACUUGGACUUGAUGUACUUGGAAACCCGCUUGCUGUUAUUCAUGGCCUUGCUCGAGGUGUUGAAUCAUUCUUUUAUGAACCUUAUAAAGGUGCAAUUGAAGGUCCUCUAGAAUUCGCUGAAGGUGUAGCAACUGGUGUACGAGCAUUAUUUGGUUCAGCUGUUGGUGGUGCUGCUGGUGCUGUCUCAAAAAUAACAAGUGUGCUUGGAAAAGGCUUGGCAACAUUAACAUUUGAUGAAGAUUAUAAGGCUUCACGUGUUCGUCGCAAAGAACCAGGCGCUACUACCGCAUCACAUAUAGCUGUGGGUGGAAAAAAUGUUGUCAUGGGUUUUGUUCAUGGCUUUACAGGUGUUGUGACAAAGCCAAUUGAAGGAGCAAAAGACAGUGGAGCAUCUGGAUUUUUUAAAGGUUUAGGAAAAGGUUUUAUUGGUCUUGUUGCACGACCGACGGGCGGAGUCGUCGAUUUUGCUAGUUCAUCAUUUGAUCUUAUCAAAAGAACCGCUCAACAAGAAGAACUUGUUCGUCGUGUUCGUUAUCCACGUCAUAUCAAUCCUGAUGGUCUCGUUAGGCCAUAUAUUGCUCAUGAAGCUAUGGGAUUUUAUAUUCUAAAUCGAUUAGAAGAUGGUAAUAUUGCGAAGAGAGAGACAUACAUUGCUCAUAUAACUUGUUCAGAAGAUCCACUAUGUUGGUUAAUGGCUACUUCAAAGAGUUUAUUAUUUAUUACUGAAGUAUCAAUUCUUGGUUUAUAUAAAAUUGAUUGGCAACUUGCAUAUGAAGAAUUAAACGAAGUACCGAGUAUAAACACAAGUACAGAUCAAAUCCAUAUUUUAUCCAAAGAAUCAAAGACAACUGGACUUCUAAAAACAAAAACAAUUCAGGCAGUUCCAAAAUUAGUUAAAUAUAGAAGUGUUUCUGAAGCUAAAGUAAAUUGA